AUCUCGUAUAAUGUUAUUUGUAAAUACCUGGAGAUAACAAGUGAAGAACCUACAAAUAUUAUAAAUCGGUUUAAUUCCAAAUUUAUUUGUAUGUUGAUUGGUGCAUGACCAUCGACGCUGUCGGUUAACCCGUAUGAUUCUCUCCCUCUCAAACUCAAAGUGUAACGUAAAACCAAACACCCCAUAACAAACUUUCAUACCUUUCACGCAGAUCCGGUCACACCAACCAACCGCCGAUCGGAUUUCUGACCGGCGUUAACAUCCAUCAUGGCGGCAUCACGGCGUCUGCGUGACCUGCAAUCGCAACCCGCAAACAGGAUCUGCGUUGAUUGUUCACAGAAGAACCCUCAGUGGGCCUCCGUUUCCUACGGCAUCUUCAUGUGUCUUGAAUGUUCCGGCAAGCACCGCGGCCUCGGUGUUCAUAUCUCCUUUGUUCGAUCCGUUACCAUGGAUUCCUGGUCCGAAAUCCAGCUUUCUAAGAUGGAAUGUGGCGGGAACGACAAACUUAACGGUUUUUUGAAUAUGUAUGGGAUACCCAAGGAGAUUGAUAUUGUUGUUAAGUAUAAUUCCAAUGCGGCCUCCGUUUAUCGCGAUCGGAUCCAAGCUCUCGCGGAGGGUAAGGAAUGGCGGGAUCCGCCGGUGGUGAAGGAGAAGUUGAAGAAAGGUGGUGGUGAUAAGAAACCGCCGGUGUCGGGUGGUGGUGGAGCUAGAGUUAGUAAUAGUCAUGGGAAUGGGGGAUGGGAUGAUAGUUGGGGGGAAGGUGGUUUUGAGGAUGAGAAUUGUAGGUGUGGGGAUAAUAUGAGGAGGAACAAUUCGGUUGGGGAUUUUAGGAGCGGUGGCGGUGGUGGUGGGGCGCCAGCUAGAUCAAGAUCUACGCAGAGUUUGGGUUCGCAGUCGCAGUUGGAGGCUUCUGUGGUUGGAAAAGAGGAAUAUUUCGCUAGGAAGAUGGCGGAGAAUAAGUCGAAGCCAGAAGGAUUGCCGCCUUCGCAGGGAGGGAAGUAUGUCGGGUUUGGGUCGUCUCCAACUCCUACACCGCGUAAUGAUUCUCAAGGGGAUGUGUUUUCUUCGGUUACCCAGGGACUCGGUAAGUUGUCUGUCGUUGCGGCAUCUGCUGCACAGUCGGCUGCUAACGUGGUUCAAGCCGGCACAAAGGAACUAACAACAAAGGUGAGAGACGGGGAUUACAACGUCAACGAAACGGUCAAUGUUGUUACCGCAAAAACCACUGAAAUCGGACACAGGACAUGGGGAAUGGUGAGAGGCGUAAUGGCGUUAGCUACACAAAAGGUAGAAGAGUACGCCAAAGAAGCCGGUACCCCUCGUAAAACUGAUGACUGGCCAAGAAACAAAAACCAAGGUGACCGGUUUAGUCAAGAAUUAAAAUCUUGGAAUUUGAAUGGUGGGAAUGGUGGUGUCUCGGUCAACAGCUCAUCGGGUAGGAACGCUGGUUCCAGUGCUUGGGACGAUUGGGAUAAUGACGGGUACAGAAAGCAUGCGUCUGAUAACGGAGAUAGCUGGGCAGGUUGGGAUGACGAUAAAGAUGAUGAUGAUAGUUUUGGCCAAGCACCGUCUAACGGUAAAACCGCUACUACUCAAAGUGGGAAGUCAGAUGGAAACUGGUCUGGUGCAGGCUUUCAUUAAGAAAUUUGUCUUUUAAAUUUAACUUGUUGAGUAAGGGUUCUGUGUUGAAAGAAGUUAAAGUUUAUACUACACAUGUACAAUUGUGAACAAAGGGUUGGUAAGUUGUCCAACUAAAAGAUAAGUAAUGCUUAUUAUAUCUUUUGAUCA